AAUGUCUCAGUUAGCACUUAUCAACAAUUUGUCUUAUGUUGAGGAAGCAUCAAUGCAUAUUUAGGAUCAUGAUUCUUCACAACUUCGGUACAUAAAUUCAAUAUAUCUUCUAGUUAUUGAUCAUGAGAGUACUGGUUCAACAAAGCUAAGUUAAGAUGCUGAGUGCAAUAUCAAAAGAAGAGUUCCUCUUCCUUGUUAAGAAGUAUUAUGAUAUUCUCACUGUUGCACUACUGUUUUCUAUCGGAGUUGCAUUUUUCGUCUCUAAAUUAGCAUGGAGAAAGGUCACAGGUUCCAGAGGUCACAUCCCUGGCCGGUUGGGGUUACCCUUUAUUGGUGAAACCAUUUCUUUUAUGUCAGCAACCAAUAGCACAAGAGGAUGCUAUGAUUUUAUCAGAUUCCGGCGAAUAUGGUAUGGGAAGUGGUUCAAGACGAGAAUUUUUGGCAAGAUCCAUGUGUUUGUUCCAAGUACAGAGGGUGCAAAAAUGAUAUUUUCUAAUGAUUUUGCUAAGUUCAACAAAGGAUAUGUGAAAUCAAUGGCAGAUUGUAUUGGAGAUAAAAGCUUGCUCUGUGUACCACAUGAGAACCAUAAAAGAAUAAGGCGCUUAUUAUCAGAUCCUUUCUCCAUGAAUUCUUUAUCUUCGUUCAUUGAGAAAUUCGAUAGAAUGCUGUGUCAGAAGCUGAAGAAACUAGAACAAGGUGGGAAAAGCUUUUCGGUGCUUGACUUCAGUAUGAGGAUGACAUUUGAUGCGAUGUGCUGCAUGCUAAUGAGUGUCAUGGAUGAGCCCUUGCUAAGGCAGCUUGAGAAAGACUGCACUGCAGUCUCGGAUGGAAUCUUAUCUGUUCCUGUCAUGAUUCCAGGCACUAGAUAUUACAAAGGCAUCAAGGCACGCAGACGUCUCAUGGAAACCUUUAAAGACAUGAUUGCCAGAAGAAGGAGUGGGAAGGAGUUGCCAGAACCAGAAGAUUUCCUACAGUCCAUGUUGCGAAGAGACUCAUACCCUCCCAAUGAAAAGCUGCAAGACUCAGAAAUCAUGGACAACCUAAUGACACUUAUAAUUGCAGGGCAGACGACCACUUCAGCUGCAAUGAUGUGGAGUGUCAAGUUUCUGGAUGAGAACCAACAAGUCCAAGACAUUCUUAGGGAGGAACAAUUGUCUAUAGCCACAUCCAAGCCCGAAGGAGCAUCAAUUACCCUUGAAGAUAUUAAUAAUAUGUCCUACUGUUGGAAGGUUGUUAAAGAAACAGUAAGGAUGUCAACUGUGGUUAUGUGGUAUCCUCGAGUUGCACUCAGUGACUGUACUAUAGAAGGUUUUGAGAUAAAGAAAGGGUGGCAUGUGAACAUUGACGCGACAUGCAUACACAACGACCCAGAUUUGUACCCAGACCCUACUAAAUUCAACCCUUCUAGAUUUGAUGAAAUACAAAAGCCAUAUAGUUUCAUACCAUUUGGGUCAGGACCCAGGACAUGUUUGGGAAUCAAUAUGGCCAAGAUGACAAUGAUGAUCUUUCUUCACCGUCUCACUACUGCAUACAGGUGGACAGUCGAUGAUCUUGAUACCAGUCUAGAAAAGAAGGCCCAUAUUCCUAGACUAAGAAGUGGUUGUCCAAUUACCUUGACGGCGCGGCCUUGUAAGUAAGGGAGUAAAACUAGUCGUGUUGUAUCUAAAAACAUUUCUGUACGUAUAAUCCACUCUUCAACUUUGUUGCCUACACUAAAACAUUUCUUUGUACUAUUUAACUCGAUCGUUUGUAAGG